CUUUGGACUCGUCUUCUCAUGUCUUUUUUUUCUUAUCCCCAGCUAUUUUCCUUCAGCCUGGGUGUCAGCGGGUAUCCGUUUUUUAUAUUAUUUUUUUGCUGAAUACAACAGUGUGGGGAGGCCUGACCUAUCUGAGACAGCAACUAAAAAGUAACUUGUUAGAUCCAGGAUUAAUGAAUGAGUGAAUAGACAGAUUGGAGCAAAUAAAAGGAUUUGAUUAUAUACUAUGACUAUGACUCACCAAAUGUGAAUAAAUUUGCUGACCGCUAUUUAAAUUUUUUGUCAGUAUACUUUGCUAAUACUAACUUUUCCAACUAAUAACACUACAUACACAUUUCAUGACAUUUUAAAGAAAAUUCCCAAAUAUCAAAUCUUUAACCAUAGCAUGUUUUCCCUUACUUUCAAUUGUUCAUAGUAUAGUAGCUCAAUUUACCAUGCAUAUCAGGCCUCUCCCCUUUGAACUCUGUAUACUGCUGGUGGGGCUUCUGAUCUGGGGAGCCUAUGGUCAGAAUGACACUGAGCCCAUCGUACUUGAAGGAAAGUGUUUAGUAGUUUGUGACUCCACUCCCUCAUCCGAACCGGCCGGUAAUGCCUUGGGGAUGUCUGUGCGCUCGGGGUCAGGACGAGUUGCCUUUUCUGCCAGUCGCCAAACCAACCACGAGCCAACAGACAUGAGCAACCGCACAAUGAUCAUCUAUUUUGACAAUAUUUUGGUGAAUGUUGGCAGUCACUUUGACCACGAGAGCAGCAUUUUCCUGGCACCAAGAAGAGGAGUCUACAGUUUCAACUUUCACGUUGUGAAAGCAUAUAAUCGACAAACUAUACAGGUGAGCCUGAUGGUGAAUGGGUGGCCCAUGAUUUCUGCUUUUGCCGGAGAUCAGGAUGUGAUUAGGGAAGCUGCAACUAACGCUGGCCUCGUCAUCAUGGAGAAGGGGGAUAAGGCCUACCUCAGACUGGAGAGGGGCAACCUGAUGGGCGGAUGGAAAUACUCAACUUUCUCAGGCUUCUUGGUGUUUCCAUUGUGAGGAAGAACAAUGCAGUAGACAACUGCAGAAUGAAGAAAAUUAACAUCUCUCUAUACCAUGCAUGAACAAAUGUGUUUUAUGCAAAAUCAUGGUCUGUGUAAUGCAUUAUACACCAAUAAGGAAUAACAUUUUGGCUACUGACAAAUAAGAAGGCUUUGAUCUGUUGCAGUUGUAAAUAUUUCAGUAUUUUUUUCAAGGCCCAAGUAUGCUAUGUAGAAUUAAAAGUGAUCCAAGGAGGAGACAGUGGUCAAAUUCUUAAGGAGUGGAGGACAUUUAAUCAGAAACAUCCUACUUACACUGCAGCUCAUUAUGUUAUUCCCGAGUGUUGUAUAUGUAUUGGUUCCAUUUAAUAAUAGAAGUGAUGAUUUAAGUAUUCAGAAAUUUGUUGUCAUUAUGUACAAUGUGGGCUUUUUCUGUGUUACAACUCUUGUUGCACACUUUAUUUAUUUAAUCCACCACAUUUGAAACACUGCUGUGCACCACAUGGCCCCGUGUUUAUCUUAAGACCAUGCCAAGUUUGUUCUCUAUUCUCCUGUGUUGUAUGACUACCCCUCUAGAUCCUAUGCCAGAAUGUCUAUAAUCUGCAACAAAUUUCUAUUUAUAGAGAGAUUUAAUAUAUUAAACUAAUAAAUUAUAUUAUUGUU